AUGUUAAGCGAGGUUAAAUUAAAAUCAAAAUAUGUAAAAUUAUUCACUACUUGGUAUGAAGAAUUUGCUAGUGUUAUUGGUAGUCUCAAGGAUAAAAAAAAUGAAUAUGAAAUAUCAGAUCUUAUUUGGUUAGAAUCUAUGAAUGUUAAAUUUCCAAUAAGUGUGGAUUCAAGAGAAUCAAAAGGCGUAUUUAAAUUUUAUAAACCAGCAUCUGUGAAUAUUGUCGGAUCUUAUAAUUUAAAUGUGACAUUAGGCAGUAUAGUUAAUAUUGACAUCAGUGUAGAAAUGCCUAAGAAAAUGUUUCAAAAGAUGGAUUAUCUGAAUCAAAGAUAUCAUAAAAAGCGUGCUAUGUAUCUAUGCCAUAUUGCUAACAAACUGCAAAAAUCUAAAUUAUUGAAAAGCUUGAAUUCUUCCACAAAGAAAAAUUGGUUUACUGGAGAUGGAUCAGAGGAUUCAGAAGCUGGGGAAGCAACUCCGAGAUAUAAUUUUUCGGUAUUGCAAGAUUUGGCAAGGAGUGAAAAUGAAGCCUUGAGAUUAAGUGUUUUUGAUAAGAAUCAAAAUUUAAAAGAUGCAAACAGUAUGUUGCAUGAGCAUGGGAUAUCUCUAUAUUCGGGAGAAUUAAAAGAAAAUCAGCCUUCACUUCUUGAGUUUGAUUCAAUUAUGAUGUAG